AUGACAUCAAGAACUAUGCUGCACAAAAAUGAGGCCUUCUUGAGGAUGUGGGUAAUAUGUCUGCUGCUGUGCACCAUUGGAGGUGUAUUACGCGAUGACUAUGCUAUUGAAGUCUCUGGUAUUCUGACUGGCCAGGUUUCGGUAUACGGCCAACGUUUUCCAAAGUGGGGUCCAUCCUUUUGA